AUGUCGACCAGCGAUGUCGGCCAUCAGCUGGACUACUCGCCGGUGUCGUGGCGUGAAUAUUUUGACCAGAUGGAGGACGUUGCCGUAGGACCGACCGACAGCCGGGACUUCUUCAGGAUCUAUAAAGCAGGAAGUGACGGACCACUGCUGGUUCUUCUGCAUGGAGGAGGACACUCGGCUCUGUCCUGGGCCGUCUUCACCACGGCCAUCGCCAGCAGAGUGACCUGCAGGGUUCUGGCCAUGGACCUCCGAGGUCACGGUGACACUCUUGUCCGCCAAUCAGACGACUUCUCAACUCAGACUAUGUCCAGCGAUGUGGCCAGUGUGAUUCGAGCUUGCUACGGUGAGACUCCUCCCCCCAUUGUCCUGAUUGGCCACGGCGUUGGUGGGGCGAUCGCAGUGCACACAGCGAGCAACAUGCUGCUUCCUGCCAUUGUGGGCCUGGUGGCGAUAGACGUGGUGGAGGGCAGCGCCAUGGAUGCACUCCACAGCAUCCAGAACUUCCUGAAGGGACGACCCAAGUCCUUCAAGUCCAUGGACCACGCAAUAGAGUGGAGCGUGAAGAGCGGUCAAAUCAGAAACCUGGAAUCUGCCAGAGUCUCAAUGGUUGGUCAGAUAAAGAGAUGUGAGGUGGAGGAAGUGGACUCUCUGGAACAGCCCAGUCCAGCGACCGACAUGGUUGUCGAGCGAAACGAAGAGUUCUAUGACCAGAGCUACGUGAACGACAAAGAGAACGCAGCAUCAGAGGUACGACGACCGCACAGAGACACUGAUAGUGUGUUCAGGUGGCGUAUAGACCUGUCCAAGUCAGAGAAGUACUGGGACGGCUGGUUCAGAGGAACCUCCAACCUCUUCCUGUCCUGCAACCUGCCCAAACUGCUGCUGCUGGCAGGAAUCGACCGACUGGACAGAGAUCUGACAAUUGGCCAGAUGCAAGGUAAAUUCAUGAUGCAGGUGCUGCCCCCCUGUGGCCAUGCAGUGCAAGAAGACAAACCAGAAAAAGUGGCUGAAGCUGUGGCCGCCUUCCUGCUCAGACACAAGUUUGCUGAAGCCAGAAAAGAAACCAGGAGGUAA